AUGGCUGGCGAGUUUCUAAACGAAACGGUACAAGUUCGUAAUGGGAUUUUUGUUUAAUAAAAUCCGUAGAAUACAAACAGGUAUUGCAUUAUUUAUUAUUAUAGGCGUUUAUAAUUUAUUUUUUUUCCUGCAGAUGAGUGACGCAAAUGACGGUAGUACAAAAAUUGUUCCCAAAAUUCAUUGUCUCGGGGGCAAAGGCCCUAUGUCAUUCAUGACCACGAUGCAGAAUGGUUUUCAUCUACCAUGCGUUUCUGGACGCGAAGAGAAAUUCAAGCCUAAAGCAAAUCUUUCCACGUAUUCGUGUCCUAUGGAAACAAAAACAGUCAUGACUUACGGAUUGUUUAUACGGACCGGCAGGUGGUUAUAA